AUGUUACUUCCGGAGGACGUCAUCGUGGACAUCAUAGCGCGUGUAAGGAGAUGCGACUAUCCAAAUCUCUCCCUCGUUUCUAAGAAUUUUCGGUCACUUGUUGCGUCGCCUGAGCUAUACGCGAGACGGUCCCUGUUGGGCUGCACCGAACAAUGUCUCUAUGUUAACGCUGAGCUCGAGAACAGCGAAACCCCUGAGGACCGUUUGUAUAUUCUCCGCCGGAAAACAAACGGAAAUCACCGCUUGGUUCUUAUCCCUUCGCUUCCCGCUAUGCCUAGGAAUGGAAAGUACGUCACGGUGGGCUCGAAGAUAUAUGUGUUUGGUAGGAUAUAUAACCAUCACAAGACGAGAUCGAUUGCCUUAAGCAUCGAUUGUAUAUCUCACACGGUGCAACCCCUCCCGAGCAUGCCUAUAAACUUGAUUGUUGGAGUGGCUGACUUCAUCGAUGGGAAAAUAUAUGUAUUUGGAUCUGGCGAAAAUGACUUGAACAAGGUUAAGAUGCUGGUGUUCAAUACAGAAACACAAAUUUGGGAGAAAGAUAUCAUAAAGCCAGACGUUGAUAUAGAUCUCAAUUGGCCUAGAUACGUGGUGGUGAUGCAUAAGAUGUAUGUGAGAGUUAGUGAUAAAACCUUUGUUUACGAGCCAAAUGAGAGUAAAUGGGGAACCGACGAGAUGCUGAAUUCAAAGAGGUGGGAGAAUGCUUGUGCGGUCGAUGACGUAAUGUACUAUUACAGUUGCUUGGGGAAAAAGUUAAGAACUUAUGAUCCAAAGAAGAGGUGUUGGGGAGUGGUUAAUGGUUUGGAAGAGGCGGAGAAGAGAAAUUCAUGGUGGUCAGAUACUGUGAAUUACGGUGGGAAACUUGCUUUGUUUUUCCCUGAACUAGAACUAGAAAGAAGAACACGUCAGAUUUGGUGUGCUGAGAUUUCACUGGAAAGAAGACAAGGAGGGGAGGUUUGGGGUAAAGUUGAGUGGUGUGAUCAGAUUAUGGUUCCUGAGAAUUUUUUCUUGAUAAAAGCUCUAGCUGUUAUGGUUUGA